UGCACCAAUUUGUCUUUCCUUAUUUGGUUCUAGUUGUUAACGAAAAGAGGACGUUUGGACGAUAGGGUUCUGUGUAUUUUCAUCUGUGAGAAGGGGAUCCGAAUGAUGAAGGGUCCGGAAACAAGGUCCCAAGCUUAUGCGGGUGCUGAUGAAGAUGAGAAGGUAGGGACGAGGAAGCAUAAAACUGUUAAGGCAGAGCACAAAGAGCAGGAAUUGGAGCAUAAGAACAAGAAGACAAAGUCUGAGAACUGUGUCAACGGGCACCCAAAUGGAAAAAGUACUGCAGAUGUCCCUGCCGAGUUCGAUGAGUUCUGUAAGGCCACCAAAGAGCAGUUCUCCAUCCAGCAAAUGAAGGAAAUACUGGAAGCUAAUGACCAGGACUCUUCGGGGUCUGAUGAUGCUGUUGUCCAUCGAUGCCAAGAUAUGUUAUUCUAUGGACCGCUAGGCAGAUGCCCUGUUUGUAAUGGCCACAUGGAGUGCACCGGAGGGAACUAUUCAUGCAGAGGCGCUUACAGCGAAUGGUCGACCUGCAUCUAUAAAACAAGAGACCCAACAAGGAAAGAAGAACCCAUCAAAUUGCCGGAGGGGAUCAAGACCGACCUGAUUAAGCAGCACCAGAACCCAAGUCAUCGCCCUCACAGGACACUAACCCCAGUGGACAAGCCAUUCCUCGGAAUGAUGAUCUCUCUCAGCGGUCGUCUUUCUCGAACACAUCACUACUGGAGGACAGAGAUAGAAAAGCAUGGAGGGAAGGUAGCUAAUACAGUUCCUGGUGUGACUUGUUUAGUUGUAUCUCCAGCUGAGCGGGACCGUGGUGGUUCAUCCAAGCUUGCUGAAGCCAUGGAGAGGGGCAUACCUGUGGUCAGGGAAGCUUGGUUAACAGAUAGCAUUAAGAAACAGGAAGCACAGCCACUAGAGGUUUAUGACGUUGUGACAGACCUUUCUGUGGAUGGCAAAGGAAUCCCAUGGGACAAGCAAGAUCCUAGUGAAGAAUCGAUUGAAUCACUGUCAGCUGAACCUAAGAUUUAUGGAAAGAGAAGUGUAUACAAGGACAGUCUGUUGCAGGACCAAGGUGGUAAAAUCUUUGAGAAGGAUGGUAUCAUUUUCAAUUGUGCAUUCUCCAUCUGUGAUCAAGGAAGGGGACUGAACCAUUACUGUAUCAUGCAACUGAUCAUGGUACCAGAAAAUCGCCUGCAUUUUUAUUACAAGAAAGGAAAGGUUGGUGAUGAUCCCAAAGCAGAGGAAAGACUAAAGAAAUGGGACAAUGUUGACAAUGCUGUGAAAGAGUUUGCUCGGCUCUUUGAGGAACUAACUGGUAAUGAGUUUGAGCCAUGGGAGAGGGAGAAGAAGUUCCAGAAAAAGCCUCUCAAGUUCUACCCAAUUGAUAUGGACGAUGGGGUUGAUGUGCGUUAUGGAGGCCUCGGUCUUCGACAACUUGGAGUUGCAGUCACUCACUGCAAGCUUGAGCCACUGGUGGCAAAUUUUAUGAAAGUUAUAUGCAGCCAGGAGAUUUACAAAUAUGCCAUGAUGGAGAUGGCAUUGGACUCUCCUGAUCUACCUAUGGGAAUGCUCUCUGAUCUCCAUUUAAAAAGAUGUGAGGAAACUCUCUUACAGUUCAUAGAAACUGUGAAAUCAACAGAUGAGACGGGACAGAAGGCUCAUGCUGUUUGGUCAGAUUUCAGCCAGAGAUGGUUUACACUCAUGCACUCUACCAGGCCCUUUAUCUUCAGGGACUGUCAAGAUAUUGCUGACCAUGCAGCAGCUGCAUUAGAGACUGUCCGGGACAUAAAUGUGGCCUCACGUCUCAUAGGAGACCUAACUGGAUCCACCAUCGAUGACCCCUUGUCUGAUCGGUACAAGAAAUUGGGCUGUUCAAUUCAUCCUCUGGAAAAGGACUCUGAUGACUACAAGAUGAUCUUGAACUACCUGGAGAAGACUUACGAACCUGUUAAACUUGGCGACAUAAGUUAUGGAGUAACAGUUGAAAACAUUUUUUCUGUUGAAUCAAGUGCUCUCCCUUCUUAUGAAGAAAUCAAGAAAUUACCAAACAAGGUUCUCUUGUGGUGUGGUACUAGAAGUUCUAAUUUACUCAGGCACUUGCAUAAAGGGUUCUUACCUGCAAUAUGUUCUCUUCCUGUUCCAGGCUAUAUGUUUGGCAAGGCAAUUAUUUGUUCUGAUGCCGCAGCAGAAGCUGCUAGGUAUGGAUUCACGGCUGUUGACAGACCAGAAGGGUUCCUGAUCUUAGCCAUUGCUUCCUUGGGCAACAAAGUGACCGAGUUAAAGAGCCCACCCGAGGACACCAAGACAUUGGAAGAGAAGAAGGCAGGUGUGAAGGCUUUAGGAAGGAAGAAACCAGAUGAAUCGGAGCAUACGACAUGGAAGGAUGACAUCAGGGUCCCCUGUGGCAAGUUAAUCCCAACAGGGCAAGAGGACAGCCCCCUUGAAUUCAACGAGUACGCUGUCUACGACCCAAAACAGGUAAGCAUAAGGUUCUUGGUGGCUGUCAAAUACGAGGAGAAAGACGCCGUUAUGGAUACCGAAGAAUGAUCGGAAGAUGCAGAAAUGGAGAUCCCAAGAGAAGGGAAGAUAGAGCGUGGAGAAGGGAAUGUACAUACAUAUACGUCUUUUUCGCCCUGUUCCUUGUUUCUUGUUUCCUUCUCAUAGGUAGGCCUAGGUAGCAGCAAGCAGCAAACCUGUGCAUGUUUUUGUAAAGUUUACACGAACUCUGUAACUUUUUGAGACAGGCAAAAGAUCUAGCCAGGUUCCUCUAUCUCUCUUGUCUCUUUCUUGAACACUGCGAGGUGCUUUUGAUCCAUCCCUCUUGUGAGGGACUUCGACCCACUUAGCACAAAAACAUCAGUGACCAUGUAAAAAGUUAUCGCAAGAAGGGAAUGGUGCGAUGAGUUUUGCACGGGAAUGCGAUAUGAAAAAGGUGUCGAAUGAGAGAAUAAAAUGAUGUGUAUUAAUUUAUUGUUUUGAUAUAUGUAUAUAGUUUCAACCGUUUUGGAUUAA